CUGUACCCUCCCUUUGUAUGUCCUACCACCACUCUCCUGACCCCUGCCUCCCGCCUCUCCCCUCCCCUCUUACUGGCUGCUUGCGCCUCCUCCCAGGCUGACUCUUUUCUCCCACAGGUGUGAACCGACACUUCCACAUGAUCUGUAUCCGGGAUAAGUUCAGCCAGAACAUUGGUCGGCAGGUCCCAUCCAAGGUCAUCUGGGACCAUCUGAGCACCAUGUAUGACAUGCAGGCGCUGCACGAAUCUGAGAUUCUUCCGUUCCCAAACCCAGAGAGGAACUUUGUCCUUCCAGAAGAAAUCAUCCACGAAGUCCGAGAAGGAAAAGUGGUCAUUGAAGAAGAAAUGAAGGAGGAAAUGAAGGAAGAUGUGGACCCCCACAGCGGGGCGGACGAUGUUUUUUCGUCUUCAGGAAGCUUGGGGAAAGCAACGGAAAAGUCCAGCAAAGACAAGAACCCCUCGGACUUGGGGUCCAAGGAAGGGGCGGACAAGCGGAAGCGCAGCCGGGUCACCGACAAAGUCCUGACGGCAAACAGCAACCCCUCCAGCCCCAGCGCUGCCAAGCGGCGCCGAACGUAGUCGUGGCUCAGCCACGGCAGGGGGCCGGGGCGCCGUUGUCACCCGGAUGGACGCCCGCAGCCCACCACCUGCCCUCAGGCACAUGAGGCUCCCACAGGGCCCAGUGCAACCCCCUGGGGCUCCGGGGGCCUGAGAGACCGGCUCAAGUGCGGAGAGCCGGGAGUCAGGCGUCUGGGCCCUGUUGCCCACCCCGUGCCCCCAGCCGGGCUCCACGGAGCAGAGCGCGGGGCACGGGCAGGACAGCUGGAGUGGCAGGCAGGGUGCCUGCUGUGUCCUCGAGGAGCGCUGGUCUUGCUGGGCAGCUCGGCUCUUCCCGUCCGUCCGCGUGUCCAUCUGUCAGCCGCUCUUCCUGAACCGGCUGCCCCCUCAGGAGAAAGAGACUCAGGCCACCCUGCCGCACGUGCGCCGGAGAAACCGAGAACUGGAUACUUUGCCUCAUUCACUUGUACUGUAACGAUGUAUAUAAUUUGGUGGUAUUUCACUAUUUAAUUUUUAAGAAGCCUAUUUUACUAGUGUUUUAUAUGAAAAAAAUACUGCAGAAGUUAACCCUGUGUUGUAUUUUUCCCGAGAUGCUUUGUGUUAGGGUAGCGAUUGCUGAGACACUUUCCGCUCGGUUUUUAUAUGCCGGAAACAGAGUUUGUACGGGCUAUUUUUGUAUCUCCCGGUAACUUGCAAACAGACCAAAUGAACGUGUGGAGGGAGGUGCGCGGCUGGGGCGACUGAGAUGCUGUCGUCUGAGCGCCGACCAUUAAAGCACAGACGCAGCGG